GCACAAGCUUACAGCAGUUCCUCUGCACUCUUUUUGACCUUAAUGUAUGAGAAAUUAAGACAACAAGAUGGUUUCUCAGGGGAUUCAGAUCACUGGUAUAACAAUGGCUAUAGUUGGCUGGCUCUUGGAGAUCACAGCAUGCGGCUUACCCAUGUGGAAGGUCAGUGCUUUUAUUGGUGCCAACAUCGUCACAGCUCAAACCUUCUGGAAGGGCUUGUGGAUGGACUGUGUGGUGCAAAGUACAGGCCAGAUGCAGUGCAAGGUGUAUGACUCGAUGCUGGCUUUGGAAUCUGACCUACAGGCUGCUCGUGCCAUGAUUAUCAUCGCGAUCCUUGUUGGAGUCUUUGGACUGAUCUUGUCAGUUGCUGGUGGAAAAUGUACUAACUGCAUCGAAAAGGAGCGAUCCAAAGCAAAAGUCUCCAUCUGUUCUGGGGUUCUGUUCAUCAUCUCGGGAUUUCUCUGUCUCAUUCCAGUCUGUUGGUCUGCCAACACCGUCAUCACCAAUUUCUAUAACCCAAUGAUGAUGAAUUUCCAGAAAUAUGAGCUGGGAUCUGCGCUGUAUAUUGGCUGGGCCGCUACUGGUUUGCUCUUAUUGGGAGGGGGGCUCCUGUGCUGGAACUGCCCACCUAAAUCUGAGCGCCGCCACUAUGUGCCCAAAUAUGCACCUGGAAAGUCAGUCUCCACAUCAAGAGAAUAUGUUUAAGGUGGUAUUGCAUUUCCACAUGGACUCUCAAGGUCACAGAAAUAGCAAAGGUAGUAAACUGGAGAUUGCUUUAAAGCUAAGAUAUAAAUUAUCCACAUAUUCGAGAUAAUGUAAAUAUGGCUUAAAACUACUGCUUGUUGAACGAUGAGGUUUGGUCGUGCUUUGUGUGGUUGUCAGGGUGAUCUUUUCUACGUCGGACGUUUUGUUUGGCCAAACAUGUGAAGCUUAUAUCAUAAACAAUGGCUGCAUUCCAUUUGGAGGUACCAGCAGGGCUUUGAGACUGAGUCAUUUGAUUCACUGUCACAUCUGGAUGAAAUGAAAUGUUAUUAUUGUUAUUGUAUUAGGACUGGUUUAAAAUACUUUCCUUAAACACCAAAGUAUUCUGUGAAAGGGGCUUUUGUAAUGUCUAAUUUAUAAUGGAAUGUAGCUGUGUUCAGAAUUUCUGUUAUUUGUAGCGUGAUUA